CUCGUGGUCACAACUCAGCAAACAACAAACCCGCACACUUGGCUCGGGUCUUACCGUGACCGAAUACGAACGAGAAGCCCCGCCAGGCCGCCAGCGAAGCACACACUCACACACUAGUAUAGUGGUGGAAUAACUUUUUCUAUUUUCUAGGGACCGUUUAAACAAAUUUAUUAUAAAAUCCACGAAAACUGUGUUCUUGUUUUGAACUUUCAGAGAGAGAGAGAGAGAAACAGAAACAGAAAAAGACAGGGGAAGCACAUUUGUGCGGAGGAUUGAGGAAGUGGGGAGAGCCAGCGGCGCCGUUUUAACGUCGUUGAUUCUCCGGCAUUGUGGUUAAGGCGAUGGAUCAGCAACUCUGGGAGAUUUUUCUGGCGCUGGCGUUAGGUUUCGUCGCCGUCUACGGGAUUUACGCUCGUCGGAGAGUUGCGGCGGCAGAGGAGGAGGAGACUCACAGUAGCACCACCACUACCAGCAUUGACGGGAAAUGCAGAUCCGAAAACAGCGCCGACGUUGAUGCCGAUGUCAUCAUCGUUGGCGCUGGCGUCGCCGGUGCCGCUCUCGCUCACACUCUUGGAAAGGAUGGACGCCGGGUGCAUGUAAUUGAAAGAGAUUUGACAGAACCUGACCGGAUCGUCGGAGAGCUCCUACAACCUGGUGGCUACCUUAAAUUGAUUGAAUUAGGACUGGAAGAUUGUGUGGAGGGAAUUGAUGCUCAGCGAGUCUUUGGAUAUGCUCUUUUCAAGGAUGGUAAAAAGACUCGGCUUUCAUAUCCUUUGGAAAAGUUUCACUCUGAUGUCGCUGGAAGAAGCUUUCACAAUGGCCGAUUCAUUCAACGGAUGCGAGAGAAAGCUGCAACUCUUCCAAAUGUUCGUUUGGAGCAAGGAACUGUGACUUCUCUUCUUGAAGACAAAGGAACUAUUAGAGGUGUUCAGUACAAGACAAAAUCUGGUGAAGAAUUGACUGCUUAUGCACCUCUAACAGUAGUAUGUGAUGGUUGCUUUUCAAACUUGCGUCGCUCCCUCUGUGAUCCAAAGGUAGACGUGCCUUCUUGUUUUGUUGGCUUGGUUUUGGAAAACUGUGAUCUCCCCUUUGCAAAUCAUGGCCACGUUGUCCUAGCAGACCCUUCACCUAUCUUAUUCUAUCCAAUCAGCAGCACGGAGAUUCGAUGCCUUGUUGAUGUACCCGGUCAGAAGGUACCCUCUAUUUCUAAUGGAGAAAUGGCAAAAUAUCUAAAGACUACAGUGGCUCCACAGGUUCCUCCCGAAUUGCAUGAUGCUUUCAUCAAUGCAGUGGAUAAAGGAAACAUCAGGACAAUGCCCAACAGAAGCAUGCCAGCUGCUCCCCAUCCUACUCCUGGUGCACUGCUCAUGGGAGAUGCGUUCAACAUGAGGCACCCAUUAACUGGUGGAGGAAUGACGGUCGCUCUUUCUGAUAUUGUUGUGCUCCGAGAUCUUCUUAGACCACUUGUUGAUUUGAAUGACGCACCUACCUUAUGCAAGUACCUAGAAUCAUUCUACACCUUACGCAAGCCGGUGGCAUCCACAAUCAACACACUGGCAGGUGCCCUAUACAAGGUUUUCUGUUCCUCUACUGAUCAAGCAAGAAAGGAAAUGCGCCAAGCAUGCUUUGACUAUUUGAGUCUUGGAGGUGUUUUCUCAAAUGGACCAGUAUCUUUGCUUUCUGGUUUAAAUCCUAGGCCGUUGAGCUUGGUGUGCCAUUUCUUUGCUGUUGCCAUAUAUGGAGUUGGUCGCUUGUUACUUCCGUUUCCAUCACCCAAGCGCAUGUGGAUUGGGGCCAGAUUGAUCUCGGCAAGUAUCUCAUUGUUUCACUUUAAACCCUUGCCCCCAUGUGAACAAUUUCCCAUCUCGAAAUGUAAACAUUCUAAUUUUCAUGUGUACAUCUGCAGAGUGCCUCAGGGAUUAUAUUCCCCAUUAUCAAGGCUGAAGGCGUCAGGCAAAUGUUUUUCCCUGCAACUGUUCCUGCCUAUUACAGGGCACCUCCCUCCGAAUGAGCUUCAUGGGCAAACGGGCAAUCGUCAAAAAACUUUAAAGCCCUUCUUUUGAAUCAUCACAUUCAAGUUUGUUUCUGCAUUUGCAAUCCAAUGUUCAAAAGUUUAGGGGAAAGCGAAUGCUUUUAUGAACUAGUGUGAAAUGUGACAUAUUUUUUGCACCUAGGUCCUUUUUGUCUUUCUACUACUGCUCGUACUUUUGCCUCGAAAGCUUUGGGUUUCUUUUCGCAUUCUCUUCCCUAUUGUAGCGCGAGACCUCUAUUUUGGCUGCUUUGUAAAUAAUUUGCAUGAUUUGAGCUUCUUAAUUAUGAUUAGAGUUAUAAGUGUAUGGGGUGGUUCUGCUUAGCAUUGGUAUCUCCGUUAUGGUCCAACUUUGAAAUCAAAUGCAUCGAAUCCUCACCUCAAUACUGCUGAACUUAGCUGGACAGAUUACAGCCAAUACCAACCUUCAAUAUAAAGACCUUUUUUUCCUGGGGGUAUUUUUCCCUUUUGGGCGAUAAAAGACUUAUUGCUUCUUGGUCAGUCUUGCUUUUGGGUAGUCACCUCCAGCUCACAAUGUGGGGGAGCAAGAGAAUACGUGGGUCAGUUGAUGUUUGGGCACUGUAUUCCAACGGCUAAUUUGAUAAUAUCGCAACAGCUAAUAUUCGUAAUUUAGGAGAAAUGACAAAAAUAAUACAUGGCGGGGAGUGGUGGUGGGGGUCGAGUGAUAUUUGGUACAUAUAAAC